GUGUUUGACAUUGACGUUUCACUUGACAGUUAGGUGGGGUGGGUGUUGUGAAUUAAUUGAUCGCAUUUCACGAAAAAUAUAAAUCUAUUCAAACCUUUUUCCUUGUACAUAAUUCUGUAAAUGAAUUACAAAGUGAAGAGAUAAUCAGUUAUUUUAUUAAUGACAGCUGGUAUUUCAGUUGCUGCAAUUAAUUAUUCGGAGGUUUGUGUGGUACCGACAUUUCCAUAUAAAAUGUCGGGCGAUCACAAAACAUUGAUUAAAGGUAGUCCGUCACAAUAUGUGAAAUUAAACGUGGGUGGAACAUUGUUUUAUACAACUAUCGGUACUUUAACCAAGAGUGAUAACAUGCUGAGAACUAUGUUCAGUGGAAGAAUGGAAGUACUGACCGAUUCUGAAGGCUGGAUAUUGAUUGAUCGCUGUGGCAAACAUUUUGGUACAAUAUUAAACUACCUUCGUGAUGGAACAGUUGCUCUGCCUGAUAGCUACCGUGAAAUCAUGGAGCUUCUUGCUGAGGCAAAGUAUUUUUUGAUAGAGGAGUUGACGGACUCUUGCCAACAAGCACUGGCUAAGAAAGAACGGGAAGCGGAGCCUAUCUGCAGAGUGCCAUUGAUAACCUCACAAAAGGAAGAACAGUUACUUAUCAUGUCUACAUCUAAGCCAGUGGUGAAACUACUAAUUAAUAGACACAAUAAUAAAUAUUCCUACACCAGCACAUCUGAUGACAACUUAUUAAAAAAUAUAGAAUUAUUUGACAAACUAUCACUCAGAUUUAGUGGUAGAGUACUCUUCAUAAAGGAUGUCAUAGGUUCAAAUGAAAUCUGUUGCUGGUCUUUCUUUGGGCAUGGAAAGAAAUGUGCUGAAGUAUGCUGCACAUCUAUUGUCUAUGCCACUGAUAAAAAGCACACUAAAGUCGAGUUCCCAGAAGCCAGAAUUUAUGAGGAAACCUUGGGAAUAUUACUAUAUGAGAGCAGAAAUGGCCCCGAUCAGGAUUUGAUUCAGGCAACGUCUUCUCGAGGAGCUGUUGGGGGGCUGUCUUGCACUAGUGAUGAGGAAGAAGAGCGUUCAGGGCUUGCACGACUCAGAUCAAAUAAACAGAAUAACCAAUCUUAGCGGUUACAGUCAGGCUUGGCACGCCUUAGGAGCUCGAAGCGGACCAAUGUCUGAUACCAAGCUGGCUACUUCUUGCCUUGCUGCUGGUUGCCAUGUUUUGGUCUGUAGAAUUUACUGAGCUGUGUCCAUGACCUUAUCUUCUAGGUCUUCACCUUUUGUGAGCUGUCUUGGAAUUGUGAAUGAAAUUGAAAAGUGUUCUAGCAAGAGGCAUUUAUUUGAACCUGUUGGAAAAAUGACUGUUGAUGGACUACUAUAAGUGUUUACAUAUUGUUUUUGUGUUUAGUGCAUAGUACAAAUAAUGAAAAGCAACUCAAUCAAUUUGUGCAAGUAAUAAAAUGUUGGUAUGCUAUUAGAGAGCCAUUCUCCAAAUGCAAAAAAAACUGUAUACGAUUCAUUAUUAACAAUACAAAAAACAGUAUUUGCUAUGUGACUUGUAUACUUGGAGUGUGAUUUUGUGUAGCUGAAAUUAUAUUUUCCAUUUAUUAUUCAUAUGUUUCUAGAGUCUAAACUUUAUUGUAAUUCUAUGCUAUAGAAAUUUAGUAUUGUAAGACGCGGCAUGUGCAUACAGUUAGCAAUUGUUUGUAAUGGAUCUUUUUCUAUGCUAUCUGUAGUAGAAGAAGAUUUAUUUAGUUUUUUGUUGUAGACUGUAUGCUGUAUGAGAUGCAGUAGUACACUAUCAUUAAAAAUACUUGUUCUUAUAAAAUGCCAUAGCACUUAUACAGCUCAAAAUAAUUGCCAAAAUUGAUGUUGUCUUGGUAGAGACCCUAGGCUACUCCAAAAUGUAUGAUUAUCUUUGUUUUUCUUCUGUAUUUUCUAGAAUAUUCAACACAUAUCAUUCUUCAAAAAUAUUUUGUUCAAUUUAAGAAUCAUUCUUUAUAUCUGUAAAAAUUUUUAUACAAUACAAAAAGUGAUUUUAAUUUACACUUUAGAAGUAGAAUAUUUUGGUACAAUCUAAUUUAUAUCAGUAUUUCGGAGUGGCAUAACUUAGUCUUGUUCUUGUCUAAAUGUUUGUAUAUCAACAGCAGUUUUACCAUACAAUGUUAGAAUUCUGUUAGUGCAUGUAAGUGGAAUUAUUGGGUAUGUUUUAUAAGAUUUCAUUAUAAAGAUUAUUGUAUUUGUGUUAUAUCAAUUAUAAUAAAGGAUUAUCGUCAAUAUUGCACAAUCUAAACUGCCGCAUUCUGCUCACUAUGAGUAUUCGAGUAAUAUAAAUUUAGAACGGGAAGUAUUGAAUUGAUUUAAUUUAGAAUGGCUGCUCAUUAAAUAUUUAAAUUCUACUUUAGACAUUCGAAAUAGUUUAUAUAAAAUAUUCUUUGUAAUACAUACAUUAAUCUUAAUGGUUUUUGAAUAAACAUUCAAAUGAAUUAAGUUAUGUGCAAAUACAUUAUCACAGUAUAGUCCAAGUGUGAAAAAAUAUCCACUGAAAGAGAAUGAUAUGUAAAUAAGUACUAAUUAUUUUUAGCAAAGUUGUACACUGAACAUAAACAAAUAGACUUGUCCUCAGUAGACAUACCAAUAAAUUAAACAAUUGAAUAGUCUAGUCUUUCUACUUUAAAAAUAAUUUUAAUAGCUCAUUUUGGAACAAAUGAUUGUAGGAGGCUAUGAUAGUUUCCUAGGUCAGGCACUCUUAGGUAGUUUUUAUGCAUGUUUAUAUAUAAACAUUUGUAUGACACCCAGUACUAUGAAAUAAUUUUACUCAUGCAUGACUGUAAGAGACUAUUAGAUAGAUGAUGAAUUUUUUAUCUUUUAUUUCAACAAAAAUCAAUUAUCUACAGAAUUCUUUAUUCCAACUUGAUUCCCUGAAAGACUGGUUUCGAAGGAAGUCACUAGGUGUAGCUUAGUGUAAUUUAAUUCUAUAAAUGUCUAUUUCUUGUUAACAAAAUAUAUGCUCACUGUUUAGAUGUC